AUGCGCAUUGCAGCACGGACGCUCGGCCUCGCCGUCGUCGCGGUCGUCGUCGCCGCACCUGUCGUCGCUGGUUCGCUCCUCGUGGACAUUGCCGCCACCGUCACUGGCCUCGCCGCGCUCCUCUGGCUUCGGGCUCUGCAAACUACGGUUGCCCAUGACCGAAACAUCACGCUACUGCGCCCGGCGUCGUCCGCACACUUGGCACCGCUCCGCAAGCACUCUCAAGGCGAGAGCCCGCGAAGCAGCUGCCCUUCAUCGUCCAUGCUCGUCAAGACGCCGUCGUCCACAAGCCGCGCCUGUCCCCGCUGCCACGCCCUGCUGCCGGCGUCCGACCACGUGUGGUGGUCCAAGCGGCGGCUGCGCUGCACGACCUGCAAAGCGGCGUGGUGUCUCGCGUGCGCGGGGACUUAUCAUUUUUUCCCGCGCUGCCAUCGACGCUCGGCCAGUGUCUUUGCCAAGCCAAGCGUCUAG